AUGGGAGGACACGGAGGUCUGAAUAUUCUCCCUCAGAAACGUUGGAAUGUGUACAAUUUUGAUAACCGAGAAAAAGUUCGCCAAGACGAAGAAGCGGCGGCCAAAGAAGAGCAACUCAAGCGCGAACAAUCUCGCAAGCGCGACACCGACUUCCGCGUCGAACAGCUACGCCAAGCCCGCGGAUUGGCUUCGGUUUCAGCUUCCUCACACCAAUCCACCGCAGCCGAUCCAGCACCCACACCCACACCCGAAGCGGAGCCAAAGUCAAAGCAUAUUAACUUGUUUGAAGGAAUCAGGAUAUUUGAUCCGGUUGAUGUUGAUAAUAAGAAGAAGAUUGAAUUAGGGGAUGAGAAAAGGAAAGGGGGAUUCAAGAGGAUGAAGAAGGAGGCCGAGCCUCCAAAGGUGGUUUUGCCAGAGGAUGAGAAGUAUAGGUUAGGGUAUGGAGUGGCUGGAAAAGGCGUAAAGCUACCAUGGUACUUGGAAAAACGCCCAAAUGGUGAUGAUGAUGUCCAUAACAAUGAUUCCCAGGAGACAGUAGUAACUAAUAGCAGAAUGAUAGAGGAGGAUAUUAUUCAACAAGAUAAAAUAGCACACAUCAAAGACCAACCAGUUCAAGCAGCAACAAACAUUGCUUUACAGCCUAACUCAAGCUAUAGUGCUGCAAGCAGUGGAGUUAGAUAUGAGACAUCAUUGUUUUUAGGAAGCAGUGGCAAUGGCAGCCGAAUAAGAAAAGGAUCCAAUAAAAUCAAUCACCUUUGGCAUGAUUUACUAAUUGGGUUAAACUCGGGAGAUGCAAAUGUUGGGAAGAAGUUAGUUGGUGCUCAUCAUUACAACAAAGAUGGAACCCUUAACUACAGGAGGGAAUAAUGCCAAUGGACAUGAAGUCAAAGUUUAUUGAAUCAGAGUAUGAGAUGGUGGUUGACUUCUACAUAUGUUCUCAAGUGAUGUAUUUGUUCAAAUAAUCUCAAGUUUUUUUAUGCAAAUGUUGAUGAAAAUUAAAAUAUAUCAUUUUUAAUGGACCAUAUAUUUUUUUUCCUGUUAAUCCUAUUGGAUUUGUGUCUGUUGUCAUGGAUGGUGAUACACUGCUUUGCAUUGUAUGUUUCUGCUAUGUAAUUCACAUCCAAUCCAUGCAAAGUAUGGGCACCUACACUAGUUAUGAUUAAGAAAGGGUCUUAAUUAUUAUUAUUUAUGAUAAUUGAAAUUAAGCAAAUAGACAAAAAGUGCAAUUAUGUUAUUUUAUAUGUAUUUCAAUUUUUUUGUGAACCAAACAGAAUUUAAAAUUAAUUCCAGUUUUAUUUCUUAC